ACCGUCUUGCACAUUGCCUCAUUGGGAAGUCUACACUUUCUACACUUUGUGUGGUCCCUACCGAAUAAUAAACACUAUCAAGACCGGCUGGAUAUUUUAGUUUGUGGCAUACUUUAGCUUAAACUGCAAACGGAUUAUCGCUAAACAACACACCACCAUAGGGCUCUAUUAUCACCACCACAAAAAGAGAAAGAGGGACUGGUUCAUACUCGCUCAUUACCAAGUGUAUCUAAUUUUCCUUUAUCAAUUCAGUUCAUCUAAUUCUAAUUAAUAUUUACUUUAAUAGUUAUCUCAUCGUUAUCCCCAGUUGUUCAUCAAAUUGGUUGUGUAUUUUUAUAUUACAUCAGUAUCCAUGAAUUCUACAUCUAAUAACAAUACAAGCACAAGUUCAAAUGCCAAUAUAGCGUCUAAAUAUAACUUACCCAAAUUCUCUACUGCCUCAUCUACCAAUACUACUACUAAUAAUAAUAAUACUAAUAAUAUAAAUGGAAGAAUAAUAUCUACAUCUCAUAUGGCGGAUUCAACCUUUUUACAUCCUAAUGAUUCAUUGGUUUAUAAUACUACAAGAACUGUCAGUUCAUCUUCAACGUCAAUGAUAAGUACCCCAAGUAAUAAUAUACGAAGAUUCCAAAAGCAUCGACAACAACAAGCUACCACUGGUCAACAACAAACCCAGCGAUCUCAUCAUGAUUCUAAACUGCAACAUCUACUGAAAAAUGCUGGAAUAAUCAAAACUAAGUUACUAAAUCUUCAUCAAUCUCUGAAACGAUAUGUUGAUAAUAUGAAUUAUUCAUCACAAACUAUAGAUGAGAGUCAUCCGAAUAGAUCAAUACCCAGUUUUAUAAUUCAUAAACCUAUGAAUAUGAAUGGAUAUGAUUAUUCAGUUUUCACUAAUUAUCCUAAUGGUAUUGAUUUACAACAUGGGGAUCAUUUACCUCCUGCUAUCAAAGAAUCACAAAUUAAAGCAUGGGAAUCAGCUGAGAGAAUGACUAAAAAUAUCAUUUUUGGAGAUUCAAGUGAAUCUGAAGAUGAUGGAUUAAGUGAAAAUGAGGGUCAAGAUAAUAAUAAUAAUAGUAUUAAUAAUAAUAUUUAUAAAAAUGGACUGAUAGGGAAACGUAUACCUACUAGAAGUAAAAAUAUUAAGAAUAAUAUUAUUCAAGCAAUUCCUGGAUAUACAAGAGGAGAAUUACAAAUAAUAUUAGAAUCAUUUAAUAAAUCAGGUGUUAAGGAUGAUAAUUCAGAAGCUGAAUUAAAAAGACUUUUAAAUGAAAGUAAACGAGAUAUUCAAGAUCGUCAUGAUAAAAUAUUUCAACAAGCCCAUACAUAUAAUGCUAAACGUCAAGUUCAAAUAACUCAAAAGAAGGAAGUAUUAACUCGAUUAUUUGGAUUAAGUAAUGGAUUAAAUCAAGAUUAUAUUACUAAUAAUUCCAUUUAUUCAGCAUUCGAUAAUAGUUCCAAUAUUCAAAAGACAUUUGUAGAAGAUAGAGAUGAAAUAUCUGGAUUAUUAGAAGAAGAUCGAGCAUUUCAAUUGGAAUUAGAAGAUACACGAACAUUAUUAAUGGAAAGAUCAAAUGAUUUAAAUGGAGAAGGAUCAUCAAGUGUUAGAAGAAAAAGAAGAAGAAGUUUUAAUAAGUUUGAUAUGGAUGAAAUUGCCUAUGAUAAGUUUCAAACCAUUAUAAAACAAAAAUUAGAUAAGAUAUAUAAGAAUCAAUUAAGAAAGUAUGAAGGAAUUGAUGUUAAAGAUGUUAGUAGUCAAGAUCAAGAUCAUAAUCAAGAUCAAGAUCAUGAUCAUGAUGAUUCUACUACUAGUCAAGAUGAUAAUCAAUACUCAUUUGAUGAUUAUGAUGGAGCCAUUACUGAUCAGUUUAAUGAAGAACUCCACUUCUUUACCCUCAAUUUUCUCAGAAAGUGCGUCAAACUUGCAACUACUGAUAAUAACGGUGGAAUGAGCACCGAAGAUUGAAUUGGUAAAUCCUCACCGGAAAACAUUCUACCCUCAAGUAAUAAAAAAUUCAAAACUUAUGUAUGUACUGGUUCGCCACCUUUUGUGGCACACCCACUAAAAAUUUCGCAUCUUGGAUUCGUAAUCAAAAUUCGUCUGCAGGGAGGAAAAGCCUGGAGCAGCAAUUCAAACCCCAUUGACCCAUUGAACAUUAGUGAUGAUUAAUUUGUAGAUACUUUUGAAAUACACAGCAAC